GGAGUUAAAUAUUUGCGCACCUUCUUACCCAUGUCUUUAAGGUACGAAUAUGGGCAUUACUAUGUAAGUAGUAAGGUUCCAAAUGAUUUGUUGCCAACGCUAAAAUGUUCACGGGCAGUAUCAUUGGCAGGAUAUAAGAACAUCAGUAGCUUACCUGAUUGCAUUGGUAACCACAUACAUUUGCGCUACAUUGACCUCUCUUACACUGCAAUUGAAAGGUUACCAGAUACCGUGAGUAGUCUCUACAAUUUGCAAACUUUAUUGUUGGUAGGUUGUACCUCUCUUGUUGAAUUGCCUGUAGACAUGAGGAAACUGAUUAAUCUGCGCCAUCUUGAUAUUGGAUAUACUGGUAUAAAAGAGAUGCCGGUGCGAAUGGGCAGACUAAAAAGUUUGAGAACACUCACUGCUUAUGUGUUGGGGACAUCUACUAGGUCUGGCGGCAUUGGGGAAUUGGGGGAGUUACCCAAUCUUGGAGGGAAAUUUUCUAUCUUGAAUCUAGAGAAUGUAGUCGAUGCUAUGGAUGUCUUGCGGGCCAAUUUGAAGGAUAAGAAAGAUCUCAAUCAAAUAGAGUUGGCAUGGGGUAGAGAGGAUGCAGAUGAUUCCAUAAAAGAGAGAAAUGUACUUGAAAGAUUACAACCUUCUGUAAAUUUGGUGGAACUGGCCAUUAGAUGUUAUGGUGGAACAAGCUUUCCGAAUUGGUUGGGAGACUCUUCCUUCUCCAACAUAAAAGUCAUGUGCCUUUGUGGUUUUAGUAAUUGUUGGUCGUUGCCACCAGUUGGGCAGUUGCCUGCUCUUAAGGAGCUCUAUAUUAGCAACAUGAAAUGUGUUAUGGGUAUUGGUGCUGAGUUUUAUGGUGUCAAUGGAACUUCUCUAAUUCAGCCAUUUCGUUCUUUAGAGAAGCUGGUAUUUGGAGAUAUGCCAGAAUGGGAAGAAUGGCUGCGAAGUCCAGGUAGAGGUCAAUGUCCGGACUUUCCUCGUCUCGAGGAGCUGGUUUUAGAGAAUUGUCCGAAGCUGAGGGGAAACUUGCCCGAUCAUCUUCCUUGCUUGAAAAAGCUUGAAGUGUUGGAUUGUGGGGUUCUGCAUGAAAGGGCUACUAGAAGUAGAUGGAUACUAGAGACGGAGUCCUUGCGACAAUCUCUUCAGGAUCUGCGAAUAAGAGGAUGCCCUGGUCUCUCGUCGUUACUAGAGACGGAGUCGCUGUCCUCGCUUUCCGGGCUUGAUAUUCAAAUUUUGAGUCGCACAGAUUGCUUGCAGCCGCACCUGAGCAGUCGUCUUCAAAAAUUGACUCUCCGUGAUUGCGGGUCCCUCUUGUCGUUCCCUAGAAAUGGUCUACCCACUACAUUGACAUUUCUUGAGAUAAUUAAUUGCAGGAGAUUAGAAUUCCUAUCUCAUGAGAUGAUGGCCAAAUUGACAUCCCUUCAACAUUUGGAUUUGACCGGCAGCUGUGAUUCACUGAGGUCCUUCCCGCUGGGCGUUUUCCCCAAACUUUCAUCUCUUCAAUUCUACGGCAUUGAAAAUCUAGAAUCCCUUUCCAUUGGAGAAGGAGCUGAUGUUGAAAAUCUCACUCAUCUCGGUGCUCUCUGUAUCUAUUCUUGUCCAAAUCUGGUCUCUUUCCAUUGGAGAAGGUUGCCCACUCCCAACCUGGCUAGUUUUACAGUCGGUAAUUGCAAGAAUUUGAAGUUAUUGCCCGAUCGAAUACACACCCUCACCGCCCUUCGAGAUUUGUGGAUAUCUGAUGGUCCAAAUGUUGAGUCAUUUGCAGAAGGAGGUUUGCCUCCCAACCUACAAUCAUUUGGAAUCAGCGGUUGUGAGAAACUGAGGCCUUCAGUGGAGUACUGGGGUUUGCAACGACUUGUCUCCCUUCGAACAUUUACGAUCUGGAGAAGCGAGGAUGUGUUGGUGGCGGUGCUCGAGGAACAGCUGCUCCCUACCACUCUUCACACUCUCCAAAUCUCUGGAAUGAAAAGUCUGAAAUCUUUGGAGGGAAAGGGAAUUCAACACCUCACUUCUCUUCAAGAGCUCCAAAUUUACGAGUGUGAUAGUCUCAAAUUCCUGCCAAAAGAGGGUUUGCCGGAAUCGCUCCGUUGUCUGAGAAUCUGGCACUCUUCUUCUCUGGAGAAGAGGUGUCAGGAGAAGACGGGAGAAGAGUGGAGCAAGAUAGCUCACAUUCCUUGCAUCGAGAUAGGCGACCAAGUCAUCAUUUGAGAUCUCAAAUCAAAGUCAGGACAAUAUCAUCCAAGAGCAACAAGUGUUUGCUUACAAUACCAAGUAAGUUAUUGGGUGCUCUGGCUAGCUAUGACACCAAUAUGAUUCUCCUGCACAGGACGAGGACCAUCUUUUCUAGAUGAGGUAUGGAAAAGGGUUGAGCUCGAGUUGACAUCGACAUUCGAUAGUGAUGAGAAGAAAGGAUUAAACACGAUUUUUCCCCAUUUGACAUGGAAAUAAUGGGAGUUGGAGAAAACCAGUGAAGGGUUUCCGAAGGACCAAUGCAAGGCAUCAAUCUGAACCAUGAGCUCUAUAUCUCCGCUCAUGAUGGAAGUCUGCCAUACUUCUUGGUUAUUUCAAGGUUGUUCUGUGAGAAUCCUACAAUACGGGCAUUGUUUUUAGGAGUUUAAUGUAGACGUCGCAAACAGGUUUUGCCACAUGGUUCAGGAUCACCUGCAAUGCUUGUGCUCGUAUACUCAGAAAUUUGGAAAUGCUUCGCUUAUGGGGCCUUUUGGAUUUCU